AUGGUAGCUUGCAAUGGAACUGUCCGAACUCCACCCGAGGAAUUCACCUACGACCAAAAUGAGCUCGUCUCACUCAUUAAAAGAUUCUACGAGCUCCUCGUGGAGAUGGCGCACUUCGAGACAGAACAUAUCCGUUGGCCACCUGAGCCGUUAGGAUGGUCUGAUUCUGAGCUCAACGUGGAUUCACUACGCUUACUGGGUCGCAACGAGACAGUCAUUGACUUGCUACGACACAUCCCGUACCCACGCGAGUCCGGAACCGAGAUUCACAGCUGGGCGACCGCUAUAUCCUACUUACGCGAGCAUUGGCGACCCGAGGAGCAUGAUAAGCCCGGUUGGCACCAGAAGGAUCUAUGCAUGCUCGGACUGGCUCCCUAUGAUGGGUUUACGCCGCCGAAUUUUAUUUGUCUCACCCAGGAUGGCUCAACAGUAGGCACCUGGUGGGCCAUCGACACAGAACAAGGAUGCAUCUACCCACAAGGAGGUUCUUACAUGCUCUAUGGGGACGCGCCUCCCGAGGCAGACGAGAAGUGGUGGCUUAAUGCGAAAGCUGUCACAUUCGCUGAGUUCUUUAACAAACUCACUGACGACUUGACAUCAUUGAAACUCGUCCCUCUGCCAGCAGCUGGAAAUUUCUCAGUAGGAGUUGCCAACCAUCUUGGCGAGGACGCACAGGUUAUGAGAAAUUUGUACAGAGAGUAUGGGUGGCCGGAAGCUUUUCGCAGGGAAGAAUUCCGUCAAGCUGCGGCCCCUGCUCGUCUGGCUGCUUUAUACAAGCAGUAUCCCAGGUCAGACUCGGAGAUGGACCCAGAGGAGUUGGAGGCAUUGGAGAUUGAAUUUAGUGAACACCGACACCAGUGA